GCCACCUCUUCUGCUUCAUCUCUAUAAACCUCUCUCUUUUUUCAUACAAUCUCUCUCUCUCUCUCUAAAAAUUCCGGCCACUAAUAUUUCGUGGAGACCAACUGAACUGAAGUGUGAUAGAAUUUGAAGAGAUCUCUCAAAGGGCUUGAAGAUAUUGGCCCCUGUUUUGAAAUUCAGAAGGAUAUCAUACAAUGUCUAGCUCAGCAAAAGCUCUGGAGCCUGCUUUUCAAGGAGCGGGUCAGAGAGUAGGGACUGAGAUUUGGAGGAUCGAGAACUUUCAACCAGUUCCUUUGCCAAAGUCUGACUAUGGUAAAUUCUGCUGUGGAGAUUCAUAUAUUAUUCUUGAGACUAGUGCCGGGAAGGGAGGUUCUUAUCUUUAUGACAUUCACUUUUGGCUUGGAAAGGACACUAGCCAGGAUGAAGCUGGGACUGCAGCUAUCAAAACUAUUGAACUUGAUGCUGCUCUUGGUGGUCGUGCUGUGCAGUACAGAGAACUACAAGGACAUGAGUCUGACAAAUUCUUGUCUUACUUUAAACCAUGCAUCAUACCACUAGAAGGUGGUGUUGCCACUGGAUUUAGGAAAACUGAAGAAGAAGAGUUUGAAACCCGGUUAUACAUUUGUAGAGGAAAAAGAGUUGUUAGACUGAAGGAGAUCCCGUUUUCACGGUCCUCACUAAACCACGAUGAUGUUUUUAUUCUUGAUACCAAGGACAAGAUAUAUCAAUUCAAUGGUGCAAACUCUAAUAUUCAAGAAAGGGCCAAGGCAUUAGAAGUAAUUCAGUUUUUAAAGGAUAAGUAUCAUGAGGGAACAUGUGAUGUUGCAAUUGUUGAUGAUGGGAAAUUGCAAGCUGAGACAUCUUCUGGAGAAUUCUGGGUACUCUUUGGUGGGUUUGCUCCAAUUGGUAAAAAGGUUGCGACUGAAGAUGAUGUCAUACCAGAGAAGACCCCUGCCAAGCUUUUUAGUAUUGUUGAUGGUCAAGUUAAGAGCGUAGAUGGUGAACUUUCCAAGUCACUUUUGGAAAAUAACAAAUGCUAUAUGCUGGAUUGUGGUUCCGAUGUAUUUGUUUGGGUUGGUCGGGUUACUCAAGUUGAUGACAGGAAAGCCGCCAUUCAAGCUGCAGAGGAUUUUGUGGCCAGCCAAAAUAGGCCAAAGUCAACCCAUUUAACUCGGCUAAUUCAAGGUCAUGAGACUCAUUCAUUCAAGUCCAACUUUGAUUCCUGGCCAUCAGGAUCAGCUGCUCCUGUUGCUGAGGAGGGAAGGGGAAAAGUAGCAGCUUUACUGAAGCAGCAAGGUGGUGUCAUGAAAGGAGCUAGUAAAAGUGGUCCUGUAAAUGAGGAAAUUCCUCCUUUGCUUGAAGGAGGUGGAAAGACAGAGGUUUGGUGCAUCAAUGGCAGUGCCAAAACUCCUGUCCCUAGUGAAGAUAUUGGUAAAUUUUACAGUGGAGAUUGCUAUAUUGUGCUGUACACAUACCAUUCUCACGAAAGAAAAGAUGACUACUACCUGUGUUGUUGGAUUGGAAAAGACAGCAUCGAGGAGAACCAAAAGAUGGCUGCUAAACUAUCCAACACAGUAUAUAACUCACUGAAAGGGAGGCCAGUGCUGGGUAUGGUAUAUCAAGGGAAAGAGCCGCCCCAGUUUGUUGCAAUCUUUCAGCCGAUGGUGGUCUUAAAGGGUGGAGUGAGUUUGGGUUACAAGAAUUAUAUAGCCGACAAAGGUUUAAAUGAUGAAACAUACACUUCUGAUGGUUUGGCUCUAAUCCGCAUAUCUGGGACUUUUCCGCAUAACAACAAGGCUGUUCAAGUUGAAGCUGUGGCAACAUCGUUAAACUCAAACGAAUGUUUUCUGCUGCAAUCUGGAUCUUCAACUUUCUGCUGGCAAGGUAAUCAAUGCACCUUUGAACAGCAGCAAUUGGCAGCCAAAAUUGCCGAAUUUCUGAAGCGAGGAUCAACCAUUAAACACACCAAAGAAGGAACUGAAAGCUCAUCCUUUUGGUUUCCUCUUGGAGGAAAACAAAGCUACACCAGCAAGAAGAUUACAUCUGAUGUUGUCAGGGAUCCCCACUUGUUUGGGUUCUCCUUCAAUAAAGGGAAGUUUGAGGUGGAAGAAAUAUACAACUUCUCGCAAGAUGACCUUUUAACUGAAGAUAUAUUGAUACUUGACACAAAUGCUGAAGUUUUUGUCUGGAUUGGUCAAUCAGUUGACUCUAAAGAGAAGCAAAAUGCUUUUGAAAUUGGCCAGAAAUAUAUUGAACUGGCUGCUUCCUUGGAGGGGUUGCCCCCAAAGGUUCCAUUAUACAAAGUGACAGAGGGAAAUGAACCAAGCUUCUUCACCUCCUAUUUUUCGUGGGACCCUGCUAAAGCUAGUGCACAUGGAAAUUCAUUCCAGAAGAAGAUCAUGCUACUCUUCGGGGGUGGUGGUCAUGCUGCGGAGGAGAGGUCCUAUAGUCCUAAUAAUGGGGGACCGACUCAAAGAGCUUCUGCUCUAGCUGCUUUGAACUCUGCCUUCACUUCAACUUCAUCUCCAAAGGCUACUUCUGCCCCUCGUUCAGGGGGGAAAAGUACGGCGGCUUCACAGAGAGCAGCUGCUGUUGCUGCUCUAUCAAAUGUCCUGACUGCUGAAAAGAAAGGCCCAACAGACGUCUCUCCAUCCCGACCAAGUAGACCAAGUAGAAGUCCACCACGAGAAGCUCGCCCUUCUGCUCCAGUGAAGAGUGAAGAUCCUAAUGAAACUGAAGAAUCAGAAGAGGACGUGCAAGUCAAGGAAAACGAGACAGUUGCGACCGCACCAGAAACCAAUGGGGAGGACUUGGGAUCAAAGACAGAGGCUACGCAGGAAGAGAAUGGCUCUGAAAGUGGCCAGAGUAUAUUCAGCUAUGACCAAUUGAAGGCCAAAUCCGAUAAUCCUGUGACUGGGAUUGAUUUUAAACGAAGAGAGGCUUAUCUUUCGGAUGAGGAAUUUGUGUCAGUAAUGGGAAUGGCCAAAGAUGCUUUCUACAAGCUGCCCAAGUGGAAGCAGGACAUGAACAAAAAGAAAGUUGAUCUCUUCUAGAAAAGAUAGAUGGUAAGAACCGGUCUCACAUUCAAGAAACGGAUUCUUGCUGCUUCCAAUCGUUUGGUUUGUUUCUCCCUACUCCUAUCAUGAUACCUGGAUCUGGACACACCAUCUAUAUUUUUCGUGUUCUGCCUUACAAAAUCAUCAAGUUUCUUUUCGUAUUUGGGUUUGGUUGGGAUGUAGUGUCUGCGCUGAAGAGUGAUUUCUUUUUCCAGUCUAGGUCUUCAAUAUACAUGUCAUGAGUCCGUUUGUAGCCUGAAAAAUCGGAAGCAGAUUUAAAUUCUUUGAUUUUGGUUGGUAUGUCGUCGGAGUUCCUCAUUCCCUUCAUCCUUUUAGUCACAUAUUUUUUUGAGUUAGAAGGGUGUAUUUGUAUUUCAUUUUUUAGUGAAAGAUAUUGGUUUUGAUCAUUAGAUAUAUAUUUUGGCACUUGUAUUUCUUUUGUAGCAGAAUCUGUUAAAAACAUAAAGUUUACUAGCCAUUUUGUGGCAAGGUUGGUACUUUGUUUUGGAUA